AUGGUUAAAACAAUAUCCGUCGUAAUUGACACCCACAAAGUCAACGCGGGUUGGUGCAGACAACGGUCACUCUGGGAUCAGGAAUGGAACAUUAGAAGGCGACGUGGUGAAAGGAGGAAUCCACAGUUUUUUGUUGAAAGACAUGUUCAUCACACUGUUGGAGUUAUGGUUUGGGGUGCUAUAGCUUAUGGUUUCAGGUCACCUUUAAUCUUCAUCAGAGGUAACAUGAACGCGCAGCGUUAUAUCCACGAAGUUCUAGAACCCCAUCUUUUACCCUAUCUUGACACCCUGGCAGAUCCAACUUUCCAACAAGAUAAUGCCCGACCACAUGUUGCAAGAGUGACAAUAGACUUCUUUCAACAUAAUGAUGUCGCAUUGUUACCAUGGCCACCAAGAUCUCCCGACUUAUCCCCAAUUGAGCACGUGUGGGAUAUGAUGGGUAAGAGAUUGCUCAAUUUGCAACCACUUCGAGAGGCGUUGGUGGUUGCCUGGAAUGAGAUACCACAGGAAGACAUUGACCACCUGAUCAGAAGCAUGCCUAGGCGCGUUGGAGAAUGCAUAGCACAUCAGGUUUUCGGCAACGAAGCGCCACAUCAGUCGACAAUUUCCCGUUGGUAUGGAGAAUUCAAACGUGGACGGGUGAGUCGUAGCGACGAUUCGAGAGAAAACGUCGAUGCUGUGCGCAAGCUCAUCAUUGAAGACAGAAAGCAGCCAGGUGGUGAUGAAUCGUGGAUUUACUGUUAUGAACCAGAAAAUAAACGACAGUCGGCUGUUUGGGUGUUCCAAGGUGAAGAAAAGCCAACAAAAGUCAUCCGUUCUCGAAGUGUUUCGAAAAAGAUGGUCGCGACAUUUGCGUCAAAAGCGGGUCAUAUUGCAACAAUUCCUCUUAAUGAGCAAAGAACUGUUACUGCGGAUUGGUAUACCACCAUUUGUUUUCCAAAAGUCAUCACCGAGCUUCAAAAAAUCAACCCCGAAAGAAGAAGAAUCAUCCUCCACCAACACAAUGCAAGCUCGCACACAGCCCAAAAAACAACGCAGUAUUUAACGGAAGAAAACGUGGAAUUAUUGUACCAUCCUCCAUAUAGUCCCGAUCUAAGUCCUAACGAUUUCUUUACUUUCCCGAAAAUUAAAAGCAGACUGCGUGGUCAAAGGUUCCAGUCACCAGAAGAAGCAGUUGACGCAUUCAAAAAUGCCGUUUUGGAUCUGCCAGCAAACGAGUGGAAUAAGUGCUUCGAAAAUUGGUUCGAGCGCAUGCAGAUGUGUACUCAUCUUCGUGGAGAACAAUAA